AUGGAUUCUCCAUCAUCACCACCUGUAUUAUACUUAGGAGAUGAUGAUGAGGAUGAUAAUAUGUCCAGAGCAUCAUCAUCGAAUGAUAGACGAUUACCACGUAAAAAACGAAAAUUAACAAAUACAAAUGUUCAUAUUAAUUCAUCGGUUGUAAAUUGGUCAAAACGACAGCGAAAUGAUUAUUAUCAACAGCAAUCAUCACAACAUUGUAGUGAUUCUGAUUCCGAACCGAUUUUAAUUGAUCCAGAUGAGUAUAUUAUUGAAGAACCUGAUACUCAUUCAUUUCGUUCAUUUGAUUGGACAAUUCAGAAUCAACCACCUAAAUCACCUACACCACCACCACCUCCUCCAGUAUUAUCAACUAAAAUCUCAUCAAAUCCUAUUCGAAGAUCAUCACCAAGAGUACCAAAUACACCGUUGACGAAUGUAAAUCAUGUAGGAAAACGUCCAAUAGAGAAAUCCCAUACAACUUCAGUUCAAAAUUCAAAUGAUAAAAAUAUUCAACAGUCAAGAAAACUAAUUGCCAUGCCAGCACCACGACCAUCACUUGCAGUUUUAACAUUACCUGUAUCUAAACCACCACCACCACCACCAUUAUCACCUAUUCGAUCAAGUACACGACGAGGACGUCCUGUUAAAAACUCCCGAAUUCCUUAUGCACAAUCGACUUCACCACCAUCAUUACGUCAACGAUCUGAACAACAGACGUCGCCAUCAUCAUCUUUACGUCCACGACUCGAGCAACAAACUUCACGAUCAUCAACAUCAUCGACUACGACAGCAGUAAUUACUCCUUCAACCGAAAUUCGUCGUCAAGUACUCAAUGGUACAGGUUUAUUGUCUGCUUUUCAUGAUACAAAAUAUUAUCAAUGCAAUAUAUGUAAAUUUAAAAGUGUGACAAGUUCAACUCUUCUUCAACAUCUUUUUACGCAUAUGUUUUUCUGUGAACAAUGCUCAUUUUAUACAUAUUCACAUUAUACUCUUUCUCAACACAUAUUUGAAAAACAUAGUGUAACUGAAACUAUUCAUGAUCCAGCAAAUCCAAAAGCAUAUGAUUUACUUUAUGUAACACGUUGCCAAGAUGGAACAUUUGCUCUAUGUAUGGAUUCAUCAUCAUCGGAUACUACAAAUAAAGCAAAUAAUACUAAUCAACAACUUAUUAUAUCAUCAGCAACAUAUAAUGAUCAACAACAAAAUAAACCAUUGAAGAAAAAACCUCUUAAACAAAAAGAAUUAUUAAAUGAAGAUGAUAAUGAUAUUGUUUUAUUAACAGAAAAAUGUAAUACGAAUCAUCGUUCAACAAUAUGUUUAAAAGAAAAAGAAAAAAAUUAUCAAAGUUAUGUUUUAAUAAAACAUCGACGAUUUUAUUCAUUAAAAAAACCACUUUGUUUACAUUCAUUAAUAUUAGAAUAUAAUAUAUGUCGAGAACAUACUAUUCGACAUAUGUGUCAAACACAAGAUAUAUUAAAACGACGAAAAUUUAUAACAAAAUUUUCUAAAACAAGAUUAGUUGAUGAAGUUGCUGAUUGUUUACGAACCAUUGUUAAUGAUAUUAUAGAUAGUGAAGAAAAUAACAGUGACCAAACAUCUCUCAUAUGUGCAUUACCAAAUCAUGUUCUCAAUUCGAUAUUGUCUAUUGAUAAUUUGAAUCUUAUAACUGAUUCAUUAAAAUUAAAUAAUAAAUAUGAUCAAAAUAUUGAACAAAAACAAUUAUAUGAUCAUGAACAUAAAUUACGUGAAAGUCGUGAAAAUAUAUUUGUUGUAUCUUCUCCAGAAACAAAUAAUAGUGAACAAGCAAUAAUUUCUUCAUUACAUUCAUCCAUGACGAAUGGUGAUUCAGUUUUUACACAAACGAAACUAGAUAAAAUAUCUUUUUCGAAUAAUUCUCAUCGAUUUUUAAAAACCAAUGCUACUAAACAACCACAAACAAAUACUUUCAAGUCAAAUGUUCAGAAAAAAGUGAACACUAAACCACCACCACCGCCGCCACUAUCAGUAGCGCUUUUACCAAAAGCUCCUUCACUUCGUCCUGUUCUUCAAAAACUUUCACGUCCUCUACCUAAUCCAUCAUUAUCUACAAUAAUUGAUAGAAAUAAUAAUCCAGUUCCAUCUACUACAACAUCGAAAUUAAGUCCAACAAAAACUCCUAGUGCUGUUAUCGUUCUUGAUUAA